CUUCACCCUUUCAGAGCAUGAACCAUACAAACACAUAUCAGCAAAUUACUGUUGCAUCAGAAAGAUGGUUUUCAAAUUUACCACCAUUGGUCUCACCGAGGAUGCCGAUGUUUCCUCUCUGUUUUCGCCGCCUACUCCUCCGCCGUCCACUGUUUGCCUUCCACUCAGCAAGACCUUCACCAGAGCGAUGGCGGUCGCGGGCAGAGCCGCUGAAAGCGCUUCUUUUGGGUUCACUGCCCCUGCCGUCGAGGUUUGUUGUUGGAGGCCGAAGAAAUCCUCCUCCUCCGACGACUCAGACUCAGAUCUCCAAUUGCUUCGGCCACAGGUACAGCUUCGCAAAUUUACUUACGACGAACUGCAAGUCGCGACUGGCAAUUUCAGCGAAGAGAAUGUUCUGGGCCAUGGCGGGUUUGGUAAGGUCUACAGAGGAAUUUUACUUGAUGGAUCCCUGGCGGCAAUAAAAAGAUGUGCCCUAUUCUCCGGCGAAGCUGAAGUGCAGAAACUUGCUGAAGUACAGGUCGGGAGUAUGGCCAGGCACCGGAAUCUGAUCCAAAUACUCGGCUUCUGUGAUUCGAUGGAACCGCAAAGACCUGUCAAGAAAAGAAAGGCAAGAACAGAACCGGUAGAGUGGCUGCUGGUAUAUCAAUUGGCGGCCAACGGAAGUGUGGCUUCCUAUUUGAGGGAGUGCACUGCAUGGCAACCCGCUCUCGAUUGGCCUACCCGGAUGCACAUUGCCGUAGGAGUAGCGAGAGGGCUCUCGUAUCUUCACGAGGAUUGCACUCUUCAGAUCAUUCACCUCGAUAUAAAGCCUUCAAACAUUUUGUUGGAUGAGAACUUCGAACCUCUCAUUGGGGACUUUGGCUUGGCAAAAUUCAUGAAUCACAAAGAUUGGAACCAGGAGAUCCAGAAGCCAAAAAGCGCCGGGGCAUCACACCAGAUGGCUGCGACGGAAGCAGUGAACAACCUUCAGAUGGCCUUUUCCAGAGCAGAGUUAUAUCGUACCGAUAAACUAUGUGGUACGUAUUGUUAUAUGCCUCCGGCGUACUUGAUGCAUGGAGAAUUCUCGGCAAAGAAUGAUGUCUAUGCAUUCGGGAUGGUGCUCCUUGAGCUCGUCUCUGGCUUGCCGAUUUUCAAUUUGUUGCAGCAAAUCAAUGAUCUUAAGCGGUUGAAAGAUAUCCUGGAACAAAAUGAGUUGGGAUGUCUGAUCGAUCCCAACUUGAGAAGAGACUACGAUGAGAAUGAGGCUAAGAAAUUAGUCAAACUGGCUCUCUUCUGCAUCCAAUCUUCACCAACAAAACGACCCAUGAUGUCGGAGGCGGUCCAAAUUCUCAAAGGAAGCUGCUUAGAUGAAAGAUGGGAGAGUGAAAAGGAGGAGAUAGUAGUUGAUAUCUGGCAAACUUGUUCGCAAACUUGUUCACAAUCUUGCAGCACCCUCACUGGCAUCGCAUCUCAUAUUGAUCCAGAGGAGCUAUCAGGACCGAGAUGAUGUCUUUGUCCUGCAAGCGAACAGCCUUAGCAUUGUAAAUUUAUGUUAGUCAUGUACUGGUCGAGAAACUCGGGCUUCAGUUUUCUCUUGAUUUUCUCAAUGUGUUGUUGUCAUCGCUGUCAUUGAUCGAGAAUUUAAAACAUCAUCAGACAUUUCAA